AUGCUCCACCUGCCGUCGCAGCCGGGAUCUCCGCAGCUUGAAAUUCGGCGCCCACCGAAGACCACAAAGGAGGUGAAGAUAACUCCGAACUUGAGACCCGGGAAAACAAGGGAGAAGACCAGGCGAAGCGACUUGGAGCAACAUCGGGCUGGAGAUGUCCCACCGCUCCCCAAGUUGCUAGCGGAUGGACUGCCUCAGUUUCAUGAGAGAUGCAUCGGGGAGGUCUGGCUCGCCGAUGCCUCGGCAGAAGUACGAGAGAUCCUCCCCAUAACCGGAAAGCUCGAGCCGCUCCUUGUAGACAAAACCAAAGCCGAGGCCUCCCUGGUCUUGCCCGUCCCUCCCGUCCCUCCCGCCCCGCCCCUUCCCCCAGCCGCCCAAGCAGCGGCUUCGGAAGCUCAGAGCUCAAUUCCUCCAGCUCCGGAGCCGGAGCCCUCGGAACCGGAGCCGUCGGAGCCCACGAAGGCCCGGCGCGUGGGCGCGGUGAGCGUGGCGAACGCCGUGGCGGCGUCGGGCACGCACAACGUGCUGCUCGGACUCCGGGACUUUUUCGACCGGCCGGCCCUGGCAGGGUCCAAGUUGAUCGGUAUCCGCAACCUCGCCAAAGUGCACGAGUUCGACAUCGACGACCGCUUCAACUACUUCUUAAACCAGGCCGGCAGCGACCUUCUGCCGACCAUCCACAUCCGCUGGAACAACAUGUUGCUGAAACAGGUGACUGAUAUUUGUGACAGCUUGCAGCUGAAUGGCUUGGUCUUCUUGUGCGGUCCCAGCGAGGUGCUAACGAUCGCAAGAAUCACCGAACACCUCCAGAAGGAGCGGCCCGCUACCACUGUGGCUACUGUCCUUCACAGCGUCAGUGGUUGG